UAACGAGCCCGCCCCGGGGGGAGGGCGAGGGCGGCGAGCCAUGACGGGCGGCGGCGCGGCGUUCCGCCGUCGGUGCUAGAGGGCGACCGCGGGGCGCGGAGCCCGCGCCUGGCUCGGCGGCGCGGAGCGCGGAGGUAGCGCGGAGGGGCCGCCGCUGCCGCCGCCGCCGCCAUGGGCAACGCGGGGAGCGUGGACUCGCAGCAGACGGAGUUCAGGGCUCACAGCGUGCCCCUCAAGCUGCCCAUGCCCGAGCCCGGUGAGCUGGAGGAGCGCUUCGCCGUCGUUCUGAAUGCGAUGAACUUGCCGCCUGACAAAGCCCGGCUUCUGCGGCAGUAUGACAACGAGAAGAAGUGGGAGCUCAUCUGUGACCAGGAAAGAUUUCAAGUGAAGAAUCCUCCACAUACAUACAUCCAGAAGUUGAAGGGCUAUCUGGACCCGGCUGUAACCAGGAAGAAAUUCAGAAGACGAGUCCAAGAGUCUACUCAAGUACUCCGAGAACUGGAAAUUUCUUUAAGAACAAAUCACAUCGGAUGGGUCAGGGAGUUCCUGAAUGAAGAAAACAAAGGCCUGGAUGUUCUGGUGGAGUACUUGUCAUUUGCGCAGUAUGCAGUCACGUUUGACUUUGAAAGUUUGGAGAACAAUGUGGAAAACUCGAUGGACAAGUCCAAACCUUGGAGCCGAUCUAUUGAGGACCUGCACAGAGGCAGUAAUUUACCCUCGCCAGUUGGCAACAGCAUUUCCCGCUCUGGCAGACACUCGACUUUACGAUUGGUUUCUUUGCCUGAGCAACUUCAGUUCAAACGCUGCCAGAGCUGCUUUUCAGCCAACUGCCUCUGGAGCGGCUUCACUGCGCGCUCUGCCGAUGAGGCUUCGAGCCGGAAAAUCUCGUAUAACACCUUGCCAAGCCGAAGAACACUAAAAAAUUCCAGAUUAGUGAGUAAAAAAGAUGAUGUUCAUGUCUGCAUCAUGUGUUUACGGGCCAUAAUGAAUUACCAGUAUGGAUUCAAUAUGGUCAUGUCGCAUCCACAUGCCGUUAAUGAAAUUGCACUAAGUUUGAACAACAAGAAUCCCAGGACAAAGGCCCUUGUCUUAGAACUUUUAGCAGCUGUUUGCCUCGUCAGAGGAGGGCAUGAAAUAAUUUUAUCUGCAUUCGAUAACUUUAAGGAGGUGUGUGGAGAGAAACAGCGCUUUGAGAAGCUGAUGGAGCACUUCCGAAAUGAAGACAACAAUAUAGACUUUAUGGUGGCCUGCAUGCAGUUCAUCAACAUCGUUGUCCACUCGGUGGAGGACAUGAACUUCAGAGUCCACCUGCAGUACGAAUUUACGAAGCUCGGCCUGGACGAGUACUUGGACAAACUGAAACACACGGAGAGCGACAAACUGCAGGUACAAAUUCAAGCUUACCUGGAUAACGUUUUUGAUGUGGGAGCUUUGCUGGAGGAUGCCGAAACCAAGAAUGCAGCCCUGGAAAGAGUCGAAGAACUGGAAGAAAACAUUUCCCACUUAUCUGAAAAACUCCAAGAUACGGAGAAUGAAGCCAUGGCGAAGAUUGUGGAACUGGAAAAACAACUUAUGCAAAGAAACAAAGAACUGGAUGUGAUUCGGGAAAUCUACAAAGAUGCAAAUACCCAGGUCCACACCUUGAGAAAAAUGGUGAAAGAAAAAGAAGAAGCCAUCCAGCGACAGUCAACGCUGGAGAAAAAGAUCCAUGAACUGGAGAAGCAGGGAACCAUUAAGAUCCAGAAGAAAGGUGAUGGUGACAUCUCUAUCCUUCCUGUUGCUCUGGCCUCUGGAAUGGUGCCGGCAGGGUCAGAGGCUGCGGCUGGCACAUGUGUCGCACCGGUCGCUGGCGCUGCAUCUUCAGUACCAUUACCACCACCUCCGCCACCAUUACCUGCCUUAGCAGCGGCAUCUGAGGCAGUGCAAAACGGUCCUGUGUCGGUGCCGAUGCCACCUCCACCACCGCCUCCACCACCACCUCCACCACCACCACCGCCGCCUCCUCUCCCAGGUCCGUCGUUGGAGACGGCUCCCGCGGCUCCACUGCCCCCACCGCCCCCGCCGUCGGCACCCCCCCUGCCCGGGACAGCCUCUCCCACCGUGGUGUUCAACUCAGGGCUUGCAGAUGGGCCAAUCAAGCUCUUCUCUGUGAAAAUCAAGAAGCCAAUCAAGACCAAGUUCCGCAUGCCGGUGUUCAACUGGGUCGCCCUCAAACCCAACCAGAUCAAUGGAACGGUCUUCAACGAAAUAGAUGACGAAAGGAUCCUGGAGGAUUUAAACGUGGAUGAAUUUGAAGAAAUAUUCAAAACAAAAGCCCAAGGCCCAGCCAUUGAUCUUACUUCAAGCAAGCAAAAGAUAACUCAGAAAGGGUCAAACAAAGUCACGUUACUGGAUGCCAACAGGGCCAAAAAUCUUGCCAUUACUUUAAGAAAAGCUGGAAAGACAGCAGAUGAAAUAUGCAAAGCUAUUCACGUGUUCGACCUGAAAACAUUGCCGGUGGAUUUUGUUGAAUGCCUCAUGCGAUUCCUGCCCACCGAGAACGAAGUGAAAGUUCUGCGGCUCUAUGAGCGGGAGAGGAAACCCAUCGAGAACCUGUCCGACGAAGACCGGUUCAUGAUGCAGUUCAGCAAGAUUGAGAGGCUGAUGCAGAAGAUGACCAUCAUGGCGUUUAUAGGCAACUUUGCAGAAAGCAUCCAGAUGCUGACCCCACAACUUCAUGCAAUAAUAGCUGCAUCUGUCUCAAUAAAGUCAUCCCAAAAGCUUAAGAAAAUACUGGAGAUAAUCUUGGCUCUUGGAAACUACAUGAACAGCAGUAAACGAGGAGCUGUGUAUGGAUUUAAGCUACAGAGUUUAGACCUGCUCCUAGAAACAAAGUCAACAGACCGAAAGCAGACCCUGCUGCACUAUAUUUCUAACGUGGUCAAGGAGAAAUACCAGCACGUAUCCCUCUUUUACAAUGAACUUCAUUACGUGGAGAAGGCUGCCGCAGUGUCUCUUGAAAACGUCCUCUUGGACGUGAAGGAGCUGCAGAGGGGCCUGGAUCUGACAAAGCGCGAGUACACCAUGCAUGACCACAACACGAUGCUGAAGGAGUUCAUUCAGAACAACGAAGGGAAGCUAAAGAAACUGCAGGAUGAUGCCAAAAUAGCCCAGGAUGCCUUUGAUGAUGCUGUGAAGUACUUUGGGGAGAAUCCCAAGACCACACCCCCCUCGGUCUUUUUCCCAGUGUUUGUCCGGUUUGUGAAGGCCUACAAGCAAGCAGAAGAAGAGAAUGAGUUGAGAAAAAAGCAGGAACAGGCCUUAAUGGAAAAACUUAUGGAGCAAGAAGCGUUGAUGGAGCAACAGGACCAAAAGUCUCCUUCACAUAAAACAAAGAGACAGCAGCAAGAGCUGAUUGCAGAGCUCAGACGGCGGCAAGUCAAGGAUAACAGGCAUGUGUACGAAGGGAAGGAUGGUGCUAUUGAAGAUAUUAUAACAGCCCUAAAGAAGAAUAAUAUCACUAAAUUUCCAAAUGUUCACUCGAGGGUAAGGAUUUCUUCUAGCACACCGGUGGUGGAGGAUACACAGAGCUGAUCUUAGAAACCAGCCGUACCGACGGGCCGACGCGGUGAGGAGAAGCGUCCGGCGGCGCUUUGAUGAUCAGAACUUGCGCUCUGCAAACGGUGCUGAAAUAACCAUGUGAGCUGGAGACCUGCAGGUGUCGAGUAAAGGGGGUGCUUGAAUGAUACCUUGUCCGUGUGAACUCUGUGUUCUGCCACUCAUUUACAGCCUUGGGAACAGUAAGAUUUACCUUCUAAAGGGCUCAAAGACCUAGAAAAUGCAUAGGAACGUCAGCGAUGGGCUCUCCACUCAACCGUAGCUAACAAGUGCCUAAAAUUGAAGUACCUGCUCAAAUUAAUCAAAGCAAUAGGACUUGAUUUGAUUGGGUAUCUUUUUACACCAAUACAUUAUUCAGUAUUUUUAACCAAAAUGUAAAAUACGUGUUGUUUUUGGGUGUUUAGUUUGGUUUGAUUAUAUAAAAGUUUAGUGACUGGUCUCCUGUGGACCUGACCUGCAUCCCGGCUGGUUGUGAACAGGUAAUACUUGGACGUGCUCUGCUUUUAAAUGCAUUCCUGUGCUGUCCGCCGAGGGCUUAACCUUGGCUUCAGCUGCACUUACUGGCUUUUUGUCGUUUUAAAAAAAGGAAGACAUUUAAGGGCUUUCUCUGUGUAACAUGGAAGCAAUUCCAAGAAGAGACCCGUACCUUUUCCCACCACACACAGACUCCACACCACCGUAGCUAGGAUGCGGUACCACGUACGUCAGUGAUCACAAGAUGUAUAGCAAAGGAACACGAGUCUUCACCUUGAGGUUGUGAUGUUUGUAGUGUGCAAUGCAGGGUGCUGGGGGGGGAACCGCAUUGCAAAUGCACAAAACGAGGAGGGUGGCUAAGGCAUGUACUAUGUUCUUCAGCUAGAGGCAGCUUUGGAAUAACAGUGUAUUUAUUAAUUAGCACUAAGGUAUUAACAUCUCAAUAAUCAGUAUUAGGAUUCUGAGGACCGUUGCAGUUCAGUUACUCGCGCAGAGAAUCAUCCUGUGCCCUGCUCUGUAGGAUUGAUACCCCGCUCCGACUCCCAAGUUCCUUGGACAAUCCAGUUCAAAUUCCCCGCUAAGGAUCGCUUGGUCAGCGAAGGGACGCCCAGCCUAAAAGUCCUGGUAGGUUGUAGGUGAUACGUUGCGUUUUGAAAGCUUAAAAAGGAACGUGAGACUUAACUUCAGCAACGCUACGCACCCCCCGCCGCUAGUUUGCACCAGUAUCCCAGAGCAGCGAGACGAAGCCGAAUUUGUGCCGGCAGGGUACGCGAUCUUCUCAGAAGUGAAGAACUGGACUGAAGAGAAGUUUGUACUUUCCAAGAUACAUUUUGCUUACAGCUUACCUUUCCUGGUCUCAUUGCAUCAAUAUGUUAAUUGUAAAAUUUAUUGUAUAGUAUUUAACCACUGAAUUUCUUUUUCUUUUAUGUUGUGCUUAUGUGAACCACUGGUGAAGGUCCCAUUUUUUUCUUGGAUAAUGUGUAGUUAUAUGAUAAUCUGUUUUUAAAUGUACAGAUAUUUUGCUACAAAAUUGGUGCAGUUUUUUAUGGUUUUUACACUUCUCUUUUAUUCCCACUUUAGCCUCUGGGUAAUAUUGUAAAUAUUGUUUAAAAAAAAAAUGCAUCAGCCUGUGCUAUACAAUCUGAAUGUUAUUUUAACUUAUAGUUUUUGUUUUUAUAUUUAACUAAAUGGACAGUUUGGGGCUCAAAGUUACCACAUUGACCUCUGCUUACCUAUUUACAGGAAGUUUACUUUAAAAACUGCCACCUUCUUGCAUUUACAGCAACGUGUACUUGACAAGCUAAAGAGAACAUGCCAAAUCGCCUCUUUCUUCACUGACAGUGACAGAAGAGUAUUUUAAUCUGCGUAAGAAAAUUUGACAAUUAACUUAAUAAAUUGUUAGGCAAAUGGUUAAAAGCACUAGCUCUCACAUUCUUAAGCUCAAAGGUAUUUUUUUAAUUGAAGACAAAAAUUUCCAUACAACUAGAAUAGAAUGCUGGCAUGUUCUCUUUAAUAUUUUUCUAGUAAUAGACCUGCUUCUUAGCAAUAUUAGAAGUGUUUUAUAAAAGCAGUUCAUGUUACUUUCCUGGUCUGUUCCUGGCAUAAGAUCAAAUAAACUAUUUACACUACUACACAGUAA